CUUUGACCGUCUCUUUCCUGUUGUGGGAUGUUUAGUUCUUAACUCAUCAAGAAUCCAAAAGAACAUUUGAAUGCAAGAUCAUGACUGAAGAGGCGAUUGAUGUGGUGGUGGUUGGCUCCUGUAUGACUGACUUGGUGAGCCAGGCACCAAGACUACCCAAAGCUGGGGAGACCAUCCAUGGUCACAAGUUCUUCAUUGGCUUUGGAGGGAAGGGUGCCAACCAGUGCAUACAGGCUGCAAGACUAGGUGCCAAAACCACUAUGGUCUGCAAGGUUGGUAAAGACUUCUUUGGAGACAAUUACAUUCAGAAUUUCAAAGACAAUGGUGUAAACACAGACUUUGUCGGGCAAGCAUCGGAUGCAGCCACAGGAGCUGCCUCAAUCAUUGUCAACAAUGCAGGUGAGAAUGCCAUUGUGAUUGUGGCUGGUGCCAACAUGCUGCUGGGCAGUGAGGAGCUGCACAAAGCUCUUCCAGCCAUUGGUCAUGCAAAGGUCCUGGUGUGCCAGCUGGAGAUCAGCCCACAGACGUCCUUGCAGGCGCUACGCAUGGCUCAGGAGAACAAAGUAAAGACUAUAUUCAACCCUGCGCCGGCCAUUCCUGACUUGGAUACAGAUUUCUACAGAGCCUCUGAUGUGUUUUGCUGUAAUGAGUCUGAGGCUGAGCUGCUGACUGCAUCCCCGGUAUCUAACUUGGAGGAAGCCCACCGGGCCGGUCAGGAGCUGCUGAGGCGAGGCUGUAGCUCAGUCAUCAUCACGUUGGGACCCCAAGGCUGUGUGGUGGUCGAGACACAGGGGUCUCCUUCAAAACAUGUUCAAACUACUGCAGUUAAAUCAGUGGACACCACGGGUGCUGGAGACAGCUUUAUUGGAGCGCUGGCAUUUUACAUGGCCCAUUAUCCCUCAAUGCCUCUGGAGGAGAUGGCGCGCAGAGCCAAUCAGGUGGCAGGAUUGAGCGUGCAGACUGUUGGCACGCAGACAUCUUACCCCUUCAAAAAGGACCUGCCAGCUGAACUGUUCUGAGAGCAGCCGGUAAACACCAGUGAUAAUGUAUCAAGACUGAAUAUUGACCUGUUUAACAGAACUGUCAAAUGAAAUGAGCUACUUCUGAUUCACCAAGGAACAAACAAAAUAAAACUACUGAUGGAACAAAAACACAAUCUCAGUAGUUUUAAACAGUUUAAUAAUUGAUAAACAUCUUAACACAUAGCUUCUUCUACACAUAGUUGACAUAAUGUAAUCAAUUUGUCCAAAUAGAUCAUAUUUAACGAACGGUUUGAUUCAGGUACUUGGAUUGCACGUAAAAUUGCUAAAUAUGUUAUACUGUUUUCAAUGAUACUGUGUAGCCCAGAUUAAUGACAUCACUUUUACACACAAGUUGUAGUUCGUACUUGAAGAUUUUCAGCCGGGCCGCGUCACCAGUGCAGUAGGGGGGUGGAGGCCUUAUGACAGAUCCCAUAACAAAUCCUGUGUUUACACGAGAUCCAGCAGAACAGAAAUGUGGACUGGCGUAACGUUGUAUAAUCCAUGACAAUAAAAAAGUCAGGUUAAA